GGAGGCAGCGGAGGCUGCUCGGCCGCAAGGAGGCAGGCGGGAGGCCAGGGGUGCAGAAUUGGGGCGGGGGGCUCCCUUCACCCCCGCAGCCCUCCGCCCGGGUCCGGGUGGCCAGGCCUCACGUGCCCGCAGGCCUGGGGAAGGUGGAGACAGGGGCGGGGGUCCGCGCAGAGGCCUGCACGGCGCGGCCAGGUGAUGGUGGGCCUCUGUGUUUCUCCAGACGAAAGGGGACCCCCGGAGCGGCCGUGCCCCUGGGCUGCCCCCGCGAGGCGUUUUGACAUCAGCCAUAGGGAAGUCGGGGAGCCCUGAGCCUGCCUGUUUCCGUUAAGUGUCUGUAGGAUGCAGUGAUUAAGGAAUUAUGCUCUCCCUCCGGGAGGGGCACUGCCUGUGCUAGUGAACUCGGGGGCAGAGAAACAGGACAGGAUGAUGCUGUCCGAGCAAGCCCAAAAGUGGUUUCCAACACACGUGCAGGUCACAGUGCUCCAAGCCAAAGAUCUGAAGCCAAAAGGCAAAAGUGGUACCAAUGACACAUACACUAUAAUUCAGCUGGGCAAGGAAAAGUACUCCACCUCUGUAGCUGAGAAAACCCUUGAGCCAGUUUGGAAGGAGGAGGCCUCUUUCGAGCUACCUGGAUUGCUAAUGCAGGGAAGUCCAGAGAAAUACAUUCUUUUCCUUAUAGUUAUGCACAGGUCCCUGGUGGGUCUGGAUAAAUUUUUAGGGCAGGUGGCAAUCAAUCUCAAUGACAUCUUUGAGGACAAACAAAGAAGGAAAACAGAGUGGUUUAGAUUAGAAUCCAAACAAGGAAAACGAAUCAAAAACAGGGGUGAGAUAAAGGUCAAUAUUCAGUUUAUGAGGAACAAUAUGACCGCAAGUAUGUUUGACUUAUCAAUGAAGGACAAAACCAGAUCUCCUUUUGCAAAGUUAAAAGAUAAGAUGAAGGGUAGAAAAAAUGAUGGAACAUUUUCUGAUACGUCUUCUGCAAUCAUUCCAAGUACUCACAUGCCCGACGCCAAUAGUGAAUUUUCAAGUGGUGAAAUACAGAUGAAAUCCAAACCAAAAAAGCCUUUUCUUUUGGGUCCUCAGCGACUCUCGUCAGCGCAUUCAAUGUCCGAUUUAUCUGGGUCCCAUAUGUCUUCUGAGAAACUGAAGGCUGGCACCAUAGGUCAAACACAUCUUCUCGGACACCAGUUAGAUUCCUUUGGAACAGUUCCAGAAAGUGGAAGUCUCAAAUCUCCACACAGAAGAACAUUAAGCUUUGAUACUUCUAAAAUGAACCAACCUGACAGCAUUGUGGAUGAAGGUGAAUUGUGUUUCGGAAGACAAAAUGACCCAUUUACAAAUGUGACUGCUUCAUUACCCCAAAAAUUUGCAACACUGCCAAGGAAGAAAAAUCCAUUUGAAGAAAGCAGCGAAACAUGGGACAGCAGCAUGAAUUUAUUUUCAAAACCAAUUGAAAUAAGAAAAGAAAAUAAAAGAGAGAAAAGGGAGAAAGUUAGCCUGUUUGAAAGAGUGACUGGAAAAAAAGAUAGCAGAAGAUCUGAUAAACUUAACAAUGGGGGAUCUGAUAGCCCUUGUGACUUGAAAUCACCUAAUGCAUUUAGUGAAAAUCGCCAGGACUAUUUUGAUUAUGAGUCAACCAAUCCAUUUACAGCAAAAUUCAGGGCUUCAAAUAUAAUGCCAUCUUCAAGUUUUCAUAUGAGUCCAACAAGCAAUGAAGACCUCAGGAAAAUCCCGGACAGCAACCCCUUUGAUGCCACUGCAGGGUAUCGUAGCCUGACCUAUGAAGAGGUUCUGCAGGAGCUGGUGAAGCACAAAGAACUCCUUAGGAGGAAAGACACCCACAUCCGGGAACUCGAGGACUACAUCGACAACCUCCUUGUAAGGGUAAUGGAAGAAACACCCAGUAUUCUCAGAGUGCCAUAUGAACCAUCCAGGAAAGCUGGCAAAUUCUCUAACAGUUAAUAAAGCCAAUUGUAUUGUAUUGUUAAUUGGACAAAGAGAGAGAAAGAAAGAAGGAAGGAAGGAAAAACUUGUUACUGAAAGAGACUACACUAUCAGGUUUCAUUACAUAUUCUCCUUUAUUGUGAAGAGUAGUUUUACCUGUAAAUAUUAGCAGGGACUAUCAAGAGUGACCUUUGAAGCAAGCUAAAUCAUUUAAAUGUUUAAAUUGAAAAUGGGCCAGAUUCUCAAUGAAUAAGUGGUUCCUUAGGACUCACUCAGGUGCUGGUACUGACCCACUAAUCUGCCAUAGGCCCAGAAAUAUCUUCAGAAGUACGUGAGUUGUUCCUCAGGAAUAGAUUUUUCAUAAAGCAGAAUUGAUGCUGUGGCUGGUUUCUCAGAAAUCAGUUUGUAGAAAUAUUUAGCUUCAGGAAUACUGCUCGUUAUAAACACUACUAAAAAAACAGUUUAUAUUUUAUAUACACAUAUGUACAUGAAUAUAUAUAUAUUCAUGUAUCUUGUAUAUAAAAUAUAGGCAUAUACCUCAUAUAUACAUGUGUUUUUAGAACAUUUAGAAACAAUUGAUUGCCUCUAAAGUUAGGCUACCAAUUUCUUGAUUUGAAAAUGUGUGUGCUCUAUUGAUGCAAGACAAGUCAUCAUUCCUACUGUCAUGGUUUGUUAUAGAGAAGCUGCUUCAAAUCACUCUUGACUACAUGGACCUUGGUUUCAAAGUGAGCUGCUAUAUAUUAUUCUAGCAUCAAAGUUUUUCUCUUUCCCCAAAAGUGAUCAUCUCAAGUCCUUUUUUAAAGAAUGACAAAUUUUAGGAGACUUCAUUAACUUCAUAACAGCAUGAAUUUAUUUGAAUUAAUUAUCUUAACAUUUGAGUUUGUUUAAGGUAUAAGCAGAAGAUAAGCUAAUAUAGCUUGUUUUGUUGAAAUUCUGCAUGCCUUUAAAUCACUAGCAAAGCAAAUAUUAUAAAGUUAUAUCUGAAAAUAAUUGCGGGAAGUAUGUGAUUGCCUGGUGUGUCUGAUAACCCAAAGCAGCGGGCAGAUUCCAGGAAUGAAGAAUUAGGCUUGGUUUCAGGUUACAUAAAUAAUAGAGCAGAUGGUUGCCUUUGGGUCUUGAACCAGAAUAAGACUUACUAAAGGAAGAGUGAGUUUUUAGAAGAGACCUUUACUAGCGUGACAUUAUGCAUUACUCCACAUCCACCCUUUAAGAAUUGAUUUAUUACAAAAUUAUGUUCUAUUUUAAAGUCCACUCCCCCAAAAUAUUGAUUUCUUCCAUGGAUUAUUUUUAUAUGAUUUGUACAAUUUUUUUCUGAAAUUUAAAUUGACAAGCAUUGUUAUAAAAAUAUUGCUAAUCUUCUGCUUAUUUUUCAGCCUUAAAAGUCUGAAAUACUAUAAAACACUGAGAGUAUCUAUGUCUUUCUGAAUUUAAAAUGAAAAUUCAUCUCCAUAUGGAGACUUACAUAUUCCCCAAUCUUUCCAUGAAUUGCAUUUUUUUCUAAUACUUAUCUCUGUUAAGACUCCAUUGAAAGUUAAAUAAAAAGCCGAUAUAAUAGUUUGGGGGUUUUUUUUGCUUAUUUUAGUAUUUUGAAUCAGAGAAUACUUGGCCAAGCUCGUAUUUGUAAACUAAAACCCCUUGUUAUUUGUAUCUUCUGCAUUUCAGUUUUACUGUAAGAACAUACAUUUUGAAAUUAUGAACUUUUUUUCAUAAAAAUUAAAUGCUUUAAGAAAUGGAGAAGGAAAAAUAGCUUUUAUCAAUUUUUUUCUCCUGAAGAUUCUGUAAUAAACCUCAAAGUCUGGUAUAGAAUGGUAUUUUCCCAUUUGAGGUCUUGGUCGUUUUUUUUUUUUUUUUUAAACAUGGUGCCACUUUUAAUUAACUAAAUGUUACAAAAUUCUCAGCAUUUGUUUUUGUCUGGUAGUAGUAUUGAGUCUUUUCAUACACUUCUUAAAAUGUGAAAAUCUAUGUUUUCAGUAUUAUGACAGUAUCUGCAGAUACUAUAAUAAUAUGCUUUGGCCAAAUUUGCUGUUUAUAGAGUGAACCAAGAUGUCAGUUUUGUAUUGGGGAUAUGUUUUACAUAAAUAGAACUCAUUUAAAAGUAUGGUUCAAGUACUGCUCUUCUUUUUAUGGGGAAAUUGAUUUUUAAGGAGCGAUUCUUUUCCUAUAUAAAAGCUAUUGAGUCUUAGCUUUAUUCAUACAUGAGUGAUUUGGUUAUAACUCAAUCAAAAUUUUUCUCUUUAAAUCUGAGACAAGUAUUAUAUUUAAAACUAGAUCUAUUAAUACAUUCAUCGCUGCCUGAAAAUUUGCUGUUCUAAUGUUUGUGAAUUUUCACUCAUUACCUAGAGUAAACUUACUGCAUAUUUUCAUAAUCAGUCAAAAUAAUAAAACUAAAAACAAAAAGUAAAAAUUAGUUCCCAAGUAAAUGUAUCAGUGUUUCCUGUGUUUGGGCAGAAGUGCAAAGUAGUUUUAAUUUCUCACGUUGUAGAAAAAGAGGCCAAGAAGGUCACCUUAGUUUAUUUUUCCAAAACAUAACUUUAGGUAUUCUAAUGUAUUUUGUUAGUUGCUUAGAAAUGGAAAUAAAAUAUAUGUGCUUAUUAAAUAAUGCACAAUACACUAGAUUAUAGAGUUUAUUUUUGCUUUUAUGCUUUAAAGAAUGCAUUCCCAAAACACUACUACCAAGAGGAUUUUUUAAAAUCACAGAAUUGAUAUUUAUCUCAAGACUAUCUUAAGCUAAUGUACUUCUGUUACAUAAUUAAACUAUUUCUGCUAUUAUUUUUAAAGCAGUAUUGUUUUAUAACCAAUUCUAAAAUUCAGCUUUAAAAAUAUUGAACAUACCUUCCUACCACUUACGCUUCAAGUUUCAUUUAUUGAAUACCAGGGUCAUAUCUUAGAAUUGUAUAUAAAACAACAUGUAACCCAUUCAUGAAAAACGUUUAAGUAUUGCUUUUUGCUGCUAUGUUCUGCAUUGAGCCUAGUUUUGCCAUUGUCCCCUGAAUGUAGUAUUAUCCAUAGAUUAUACAUAACUACAUCUAUUGCUUUUGGCGGUAAAUCAAGAUUUAGUUGUAAUUUUCCAGCUGUGAAAAUGUUGCCUUGUAUUUAAAAGGGUUUCAUGAAUGGAAACCUAAGUAAAACUAAGCUCAUUAGUGACAGACUUGUUUUCUUCAUGUUAUUCCUCCAGCAACUCCCUCACCACCACGCCUCCCUGCCUACCAUCCCCGGAAGGGUGCUUAUUCUUUAACAAAGAGAAUCUAAAAAAAAAAACAAAAAAACUGUUGUCUAAUAUAUCUACAGUAAAUGUUACACUAGAGCUUUUAUUUUCCUCUGUAGCUUUUCAGAAGAAGCAAUUUACCUUGGAUUUGUAAAUCAAGCUGAAACUUUUUUGAUGUUCAUGUACUCAUAUGUCUUGUAGGUGAUAGGUGUCACUUGUGUGUAUGUGUAAGUGAAGUAUGAUGCAUGCUCAUUCACUUGGUCCCUUUGAAGUAAGGGAAAGGAUCACAGUGCUGCUGGGCCAUGAUGGUAUGUAGAAGGGUCUGUCAGCACACGUGGAAAGCCCCCAUUUGCACAGAUGUAGAACUUUAAUAAUCCAGAUGCAAUCAUUGGAAGUAUUUAAUAUGCAAUUGGUAGCACCUUAGCUAAUUAAUCUGCAUAUGAAGCAUUUUCUGAUAUAUUUAAUAAGAGGUAUAGAAGCUCUUCAAGCAUUAAAAUAGAGUUGAUGUUUCAUUCCAUUUAUUUUAUCCAUCAAAAAGUGCACUCUCACAGUGGAGUUGAAGUCUAAUACAUGAUACAUGUGGGCCUGUUAAUCUUCGAAGCUUCCAGAUGGUUUGUGUUUUGAGGUACAAAAAAAUGCUGCAGAUCUAGAAAUGCAUAUAUUUAGCGGGUAUUUGAAAGAUAGAAGCAUUAUUUAUAACUGAAGAGUAUAACACUUAUCUUCUUAAGUAAAUGCUCUCAUAACUUGUAUGCAUUUUUGCAGGUACAAAUUCAAAAGUAUGUAAGCAUUGUAUAAUGUGACAAUUGUAUAAUUUAUGUAAUCUGAUGCAUGAAUCAGAAUUUUUAUAUAGUAUAUGAUUAUUGACUUACAGUUGAUUAAAGUGUUUAAACUUAAUUCAGUUGUCAACAUUUAUUACAGAUACAGUGGUGUUACCAUAAUGGAUUUAUAUAUGAGUCCUCCUUGUUUUUUAAUAAAUACCUAGGAUGCCUCUUA